UUUUUACAGGUUUGUUGAAGGAUAGACUGGAUCGCAUCGACUGAAUAGUAUAGUCAACUCUUAAAUCCGUUUUGAAGUAGAUAGGGACGUUGUUUCCGAAACAGUGGAAUGCUAGGACUCUAGCAGUUACUUCAUGGUGUCAUACAAAGGGAUUUUUUGUUGCUGCAUCGUAUCGAUAUCCGCAUCUGAAAAAGUAAAGAGAAAGCUACGCUUGUCGUGGACCAAUGACUCCGGUUAUAGAUGAGCAAGGUUCUCCAAAUAGCGAUGAAUUGAUCACAGCUAUAUGCCUAAGUGUUACUUCUAUCAACGGCAAUCAUCUGGCUGAAUGUUAUUCCAUACAGAAACGGCGUCUUUAUUGUAUCCAUCUACCAGACGACAGAGCGUGCAAGUCUUGGGAGCUGCAGUUCGUGCUUAGGAACGCCGACGAGAAUGGUGUAUAUUAUGUUGAUAAAUUUGAUGUGCCUGAACAAUCACCUCUAGAAAACAAAUCGGUGGUGAUUGGAAGUGAUGGCGUAGUUAAGCUCCAAGCGUACGUCUCGAUCAGCUAUUGCGCACAUCACGAAAGCUAUGAACGCAAGGUUUUCUGGUCCGAGCAGUUUGGAAGGGUGCUAGCUGGAGAGGACGUUGCUAAUGCUCAACGAUAUGUUAUAUAUUCCACAAGGGUCGAACGCGACAAGUCCGAAUUGGCAAAAUCUUACGACGUCGACUUCCGCAUUUGCGAUCUCUUGAAGCCUGUCGUCGAUGAGGCUGUGGUUGAGAGGUGCCAGAAAUUAAUGAUGGAAGAGCAGGAAAGUCUUUAUGAACGAAGCAAACCGAGGAGCAAUUCUAACAGUCCCCAGCCGUCGACACCUCGACAGGAACUUGGUCAGGCAUCAUUUAGUACCAUAGCCAAUACUUUCGCAUUUCGUGAAGGAAAACCAAGAGGAAAUGGCUUGUAUGCUGGUAUGAACUACCCAAGACCCCUAUACGGCAAUGAGCGUAAAAAGAAGAUGAGCGAGUAUAAAGAGAAGGAAAGUGAUCAUUGCUUGUUGCUGCUCACAAGGAAACGGGAUCGGUAUUCGGAAGCAUGGGCACGCUCUCUUGGACGAGUCAAUGUGCUGGACACAGUGUUCAAAGGCACCGAAAUCAGACCAGGAGAUUGGUUCUACGCUUCGGUUCGACUGUUUCCCGAGUUGUUCAGAGGAGUUGAGCCCACAUACAUGGUCAAGAAAAUUGUUGAUCUUUCGGCCCCUUUGGCAUUCACCGAAUGCUUUAUGAACGAGAUCAAGAUCGAAUUCGAUUGCGACGGUCAGGCUGUAGGUAACGAGGGUGGCACAAGGAUUAUCUAUGAAGAUCGUCAAGUCGGGAACGUAACGAUGUCCCCAGAGGAUUAUCACAGGCUACACUUGAUGCGAAUGGUAUGUCUCCUACAAUUCAACCAUGACACUCCAUACAACAAACCUUGGACGUUACUAAGGUUCAUGCGCGAAUUGGCAGCAGAAGAGGAAUUUCCUGUGUUGUCUCCCGAGUGCAGUGUCAGUGACAAAGAACGACAGAGAAAUCGUGCCCAAGCCGCGCAUCAGGGAUUGAUUGGUCAAAAUUCGAGAGGAUUCAUAUCUGGGCACGAUAUUGAAGAGCGGGAUAGAAACGAAUUUCCUGACCAUGCCAACAGAAUUGGGAAUUCAUCGGAUUCACCUCGUAGUGGAAAUCGCAGUCCACUUCUGGAAGAAGCAGUGGAUAUAAUCGAGAACCUACUCGAUUCAAAAGCCAUUUGCGAUUCUAUCGAACGAAGAAGUCCAUGGCUGUUGGGAAGAAUGCACCAUUUUAUUGCGUCGUCAAGAAACGGAGAAGGGUCAAGUCAUCGGAGUACUCCGUAUUACGAAUCUGACAACAGCUCCCGUACACCGAACGAUGAGAGGAAUGGGCGCGGGUUUCACGAUUACUGAUAUUGUCAACAGCUGAUUCCAUACUCUUAUUCUCAUUCCCUAAAUCAUACAUUUAGAUUGAAGUCUGUUUUUUCCAUUUAUUUAUAUUUUUCGUCAUCUUUCGUAUUAUUUGGUGAACAUUAAUUUUUAUGCUGUCCUUUCCUUUUCAUUUGUUGCCUUGAAGAAUAUCCAUUUGGAUAAAAUGUCGUGGAGCUUAUAGUAGUGCCGUCAUUUACUUAAUAUGCAUUUGCACAGCAAGCGCGCUACUUCACGACUUGUAAGAUUGGAUUUUUUUUUGAGCUUCUGGGAUUUCUCAAUGUUUUCUUUUCUCUCUCGUUCAUUCGGAUAUGUAUUUACUUAGUAGUACAUAUUUUCACAAUUUGGUCUUCUAGAAAAGGUUUUACUGACGAGUUACUUGUAAGACCGGUUGCCGCGCAGAGUGUUCAGGCUCACAUAUUACAAAGUUACACAUGACUCGCGCAUAGCUCUUACAUUAGCAGGUUGUAAAGUGUCAG